CUUUCUUUCUUCGUCACCGCCUUCUCUCUGAAACCAGUCUUCUCCAUUUCUCUUUCUUCCUCGACCUCUCUCUUCCCUGUGGAUUUCUAGGGUUUUUCGCGCUGAAAUCUCUGUUAAUUUUGAGGUUUAAUUUGAUGGCUGUUUGAGCUUUAUUUAUCUGGAAUUGGAUGAAAGAAAAGGGGGUAAACUAAAAGUUGUUACUGUAGAGGAGGAAAGCAACAAUCUUGGACAUUAGGGGAAAAGUGAGCUGUUGGAAAUAAUGGGGAAAGUGACUCUAAAGGAGAGGCGAUCGAAAAGUUCUAAACAGAAAAGGAGAUUGAAGAGUUCAAAUAAGUACCUGAAACCGAGUGCUCUUGCUCAGCCUUGGUAUGGUAAGGUGGCAGCAGCGGCGGCUGCGAAGUUGUGUACUGAUCUUGGGAAGAAAAGGGUGGCCGUAUUAGGAGGAAAGAAGGCAGAGGAAAACGAUGAUGUUCUGUCUGACAGUAAAGCUAUUGACAAAAGCCCUAUGAUGUUGUCACCGGUGAAUUUGUGUAAACAAAAUGGUUUGGUGAGAACACCAAAGACACCUCGAUUUGAUGACUUUGAAUCGGAGUCACGGCUUGAGUCUCUUCCUAUGGAUUUACUGGUGAAAAUACUUUGUCACUUGCACCAUGACCAGCUGAGGGCUGUUUUUCAUGUUUCUCAGAAAAUACGAAAGGCUGUUUGCAUUGCAAGGCAAUUUCACUUUAAUUACACAACCCCAGAUCGCUCAAGACAGGAGAUGUUGAGAAUAAUGACACCACAGCCAACUGAGCACUGGCCGUUUGUGAGAAAGGGUGAUGGGGAUGGUAUUUUCAUUUCUAGCCCACAUACUCCUAAAGCUCCAAGGCAUGGUCCAAGGCCGCCUUCUCGUCUUAAAGCCACUGAGUUGCGGCAAGUUUCUGCUAAACUAUUUCAAGAUCCUGCAUUCCAAUCUAGGUGUAUGGUUCCUUCUGUUCUCUCAAAGCCCUUAUGCAAAUCUGUUGCUUCCAAUCGGGUGCUAUUCUAUGAGGAUGAGUUGUGCCAGGCUGUUGCUCAGAAUAAGCUUCUCUGAUUUCGUUUAUAAUUGUCCAUCCCAUUCCUCAUGUCCCUGUCUAUAGUCCGUUUCUCAAGAAUCUCAUCCAUAUAGGUAUUGUAGGUAGAUAGGCAGUAUGCAAUUUUGUAGCUUUGCUGUGGCAAUGUCAUAUGAUAUGGAAUUUUAUAUGAAUCCUAUCUGCAUUAGGGAUUCAAAGAUAAUGAUGGUCGCUUAGCAAUAGUAGUAUAUCUGGAACUGGUUACUUGUAUAUCUUCCAUAUAUGUUUGAAUGAAUUGUGGUUUGCUUU